AAUGCAUUAACAAAAUUAACUGGGAUGGUAAUUUUAGAUGUCCACUCAUAGACUACCAGAGUAUGACAAGUCAAGCAAUCACUAGAUCCACAGCAUGUCCUUUUGCUGCAGGGACACAAGAUGAAAAGGAACAAGAAGACCUCAAUUGGAAGGGAAAAGCAUGCAUUGCAGUUCUUUCUUUGAUUAUUACAAGUUUUUUCAUAAUAUGUAUGUUGAAGUGUGGUACAAAGUAUAGAACAUUUUCAAAAAAUGUCAGAAAUCUUCAAGACAUUAAAGACCAGACCGAGAGAGUACAGGAUGAAAUUCAAUAUACCAAAGAGGCUGGUACAGUUAAACGUUGCAUUAAGGUCAAUAUUAAGGAUAUUAUUAAUACAAUAAAAUGUGAACCGAUUGUGGGCCAUCUUUUAUCAAAAAGGAUACUGACUGAUCAAGAUAAAGAACAGAUCUUUUUGUGUCUAGGUCCACAAAAAAAGAAUAAGAAACUUUUAGAAAUUGUCUGGCAAAGUGGUAUAGAGGCGUGCAAAGCAUUUCUAGCAGAGUUAAACAGUGACCCAAGUUAUCGGCAUCUUGUUAACCAGAUCAAGAAAACUAAAGGCGGUAUUGAUGAUUAUAUUGAAGAACUGGACAUUGAGUUUGAUGGCCUUAGGAAUGUCAAAGUUCCUAAGGAAAUUAGUGAUCUUCACGAAAAAUAUCUCCUCGCCUGGCAGAAAGAUGAUCGCAAGUUUAUCAUAACGACUGUCGUACAGCAGGUAAAAAACAAGCUGCUUGAUGACCAUUGUGUAUUACUUGUCGGAGGACCGGGCACUGGUAAAUCUUCAAUUAUGAGACACUUAGCACUGUAUUUGUGUAACGAGUUUGGUUUUGAUGUAGUUCCAGUAGAGUCAGGACAAUCUAAUAUUCUAGAGUUUUACAACUCUAGUAGGAGACAAGUUUUUGUUGUUGAUGAUAUGUGUGGUAAGGAACAUAUCAACAUUCAGUUUGUAGAAAUUUGGAAGAUAAAGAUCAACCAAAUUUUAAAACUAAUUGAAAAAGACACUCAUUCAAUAAAGGAUUCUGGAAACAAUCGAGUUAAGUUUUUAUUUUCUUCCCGGUUAAUUAUUUGUCAGGACAGAAUUUUUCAACACUUAGAUAUACCUGAUCAAUAUAAAUGUGACAUUUCACAGUGGAAGCUGACCAAUGAUGAGAGACAGCAAAUGUUGCAAAUGUAUCAUGCUGAAAAUAUUAAAAUAGAGUCCGGACUUCAUAAAGAGUGUCCUGUUGAAGACUUCGAAUUUCGCCUACUUGUAAAACUUUCUGAAGGAAAAACUGCAGCAGAAAUGCGUCAGUUAUUUCAAAGUCCACUAAAUUUUAUCAAUACUGAUUUAAUAAGAAUAAAGGAGAGUAACAUCUUUUGGUAUUGCGGGAUAGCAUUAUGUGUACUCUUUGACAAUGAGUUGAAGCCAGAAUGGUUGGGUGAAGAGAGUAGCCCUUUUAACAUAAAAUUAGCUCUUGCAGAAUUCUAUUCCGAAAUAAGUUUGGAUUUGAAAACAGAUUACAUAUCAAAGCGUAUUAAAGAAGAGUUGGAACAAUUAGAGAUGACUAGAUUACAUGUUUAUAUUACGAAAUUAGGAAAUGUAUAUCACAUUGAAAACGUGAGAAUAUUUGAUAUAGCUGCAAAACUUUGUGGUCAAAUGUCCUUGCGUACAUUCAUAAACCAUGCGUCUAGUGAAUUUAUCAGCGAACGAUAUACUUUUGAUCGUUCAUACCAAUUACAAAAGAUCGUAGUUGAGAAAGCGGAGAAUAAAAAAUGGUAUUUUGACCGAAUACUGAAGGAUCUGGAAAACGGGAUAACCUACAGCACAUUUCAUAACUCUCAAUUAGCAAACAAUAUUUACAGAAUAGAGUUAUGUAAAUACUUUGAUCAAAGACAUUCAAAGAUAACAGAGGUUUUCCUCAAUUUAAAUAGAAUUGAAAAGGAAAGUGUGCAUGGUGUAGAUAACAUUACAAAUUUGAACCCUUCUAAUAAAAGAAGCAGCUUUAUACAGCUAGGUUCAAGAAUGUAUUCGUACACCCAAAGAAGUAGUGUGCCUAUUAUUGAAUCGGUAUGGUUAGGACAUUCCGAAUUAGUAAGACAAGUUAUAAAAAUGAAUUGCAACGUAAAUGAAAUAGAUCGAUUUGAAAGGUCAGCGAUACUCGUAGCCUCUUUUUUAGGUUAUAUGGAAAUAGUAAAAUUAUUGUUUGAAAAUGGUGCUAAAAUGUCCGUAUGUGAUAAUCAAGGGCGAUCUCCAAUGUUUGCCGCAUGUGAAGAGGGUCACAACAAUGUGGUAGAAUAUUUAUUUGAAAAAGGAGCAAAUAUACUAAUUUGUAAUCACUAUGAACGCUCCCCCCUUUUCAUUGCGUGUGCUACUGGUCAUAAAAGUAUAGUGGAAUUUCUGUUGAGGAAAAAUAAACAAAAUAUUUCAAAACCGGAUAUUUUACACGAAACACCGCUUUUUAUUGCUUCUGCGCGAGGGCGAAAAGAUAUUGUAGAAAUUCUUUUAGAAAACGGUGCUGAUAAACGUCAAGUUGAUCAAAGAGGGUGCUCACCUCUUUUCAUUGCAGCAACGAAUGGGCAUUACAAGGUUGUUAAGUUAUUACUUGAACGAAAAUGUGACAUUACUCAAACUGACCAUGAUGGCCGUUCAGUAUUAUAUAUUGCAAGCCAAGAGGGGUAUAAUAAAAUUAUUAAACUAUUCAUAGAGUAUGACAAGAGCUUGAUAUCGAAGUGUAACUGGUGUGGUAAAUCGUCACUCUUUGUCGCUUGUGAGCAAGGACAUUUAGAGGUCGUGGAAACUUUGAUUGAAUCAAGUGCCGAUGUGAAUCAGUGUGAUGAAAACAGAAAGUCGCCAUUAUAUGUUUCUUGUGAAAAAGGCAACCUCGAUAUUGUCAAAAAGCUAUUAGAAAACAAUGCUCAUAUUAAGAACUUUGAUAGGGACGGAAGAUCACCAUUUUAUAUUGCAAGUAGAGGUGGAUUCGUAGAGAUUAUGGAAGAAUUGCUUUUGAAAGGUGCCAAUCCAUUGCAUUGCAAUAAGUGGGAUGGAUCAGUGCUUAAUAUUACCUGCAGGGAAGGUCAUGUAGAUGCAGUUAAACUAUUACUUCUGAAUAACGCAGACGUGUCCAAAGCAGAUUCAAUUGGUAAUACGCCUAUUUAUAUUGCUUCAGAGGAGGGUUAUGCCUCAGUUGUUGAUAUUCUUCUAAAAAAUAAUGCGGACAUCAAUAUAUCAAAUAAAGAAGGCAAAACUCCUUUACAUGCAGCAUGCACAAGAGGUCAGGAAAACGUGGUAGAAUUACUAUUCAGGAAGAAAGCAAAACGUAAUCCAAAAGAUGCAAAUGGAGAAACACCUUAUGAUAAAGCUAAACAACGAGGGUAUUCAAAUAUUUUGGCUAUUUUUGAACGUAUUCAAGAAGGCAAAUGAGUAGCAAUGUAUGGUUAAUCUUUUGAACUGUUUUAGUCUGUUAUCUUUUGCAAUCCGUCUUACAUAUGCAUGAUAUUCUCUUUUUUUGUAAUUUAGUUAACCAUAUUUACUGUACUGUUUUUUUAUGGAUUGGUGUAUCAAGAUUAGUACUGUUUUGUUUUUAUUUUGUAGGGAAUGUUGAUUAUCAUGACUACAUAUUUAAAAGUGAGACAUGAAAAUAAGAAGACGCGGUAUGUUGCCAAUGAGGCAACUCUCCAACGGAGACCAAAUGACAUAGAAGUUACCAUCUAUAGGUCACAGCACGGCCUUCAGUAAUGAGCAUAACCAACACCACACAGUAAGCUAUAAAAGUCCACCAAAUAACAAAUGUAGAACCAUUCUAACGACAAAACCAACGGCCUGAUUUAUAUACCAUAUAAUAAACCAAAACCAAAGAUGAGAUAUACAGCAAUACACACCAAUCAAAUUAAAGGCUCCUGACUUGAGAUGUUCUUUUCAUUUUUUUAGACAGGCAUAUACAGAAUGUGGCGGUGUAUACCGUUGAAAAGGGAUUAACUUAUCAGAUUAAUACAAAGCAUAUAAAACAACUUACAAACACACAAAAGACACACAAAAGAACUAAUCCGAAAGUACUCGCAGUAACUGAAAGCUACUUCAAAGCCAAUAACUAAUAAAAUAAUGUAUCUAAAACUAAAACAUCAAUUAGUACAAAUACAACAUCCGAUGGAUUAAGUGUAAAAACGCCAUUAUCAAUCAAAGAAAAACAUAACCUUGUGCGAUGCCAAAAUAUAGACAUCGACAUUUUGAAUAACCGUGAAUGUACAUAUGCCCAUAACAAUAAUACUAAUAUCUAGUGUUGUUUUAAAUUAUUGAUAAUAAAUACAAAAUGUAUACCGAUAAACCAAUAUUCAGAUAUAUAAUUUCAGUGUAGGAUUGGUAGUCUUAAACAGAAAGUUUAUUUAAAGGAUUGCUGGACACGCUGAAUGCUAAACUGUAUGAUACAUUAGUAUAAUAAAGUUGCUAAUUUCAA